AUGACUCACGCCAGAACAGUCUAGAGGGCCUACCGCGCACCACGUUCGACGUGUUGCGUGUGUGUUCCUGUCACACUUAUGUACGAAUUUACAAGUGCGACAGUGAGGCAACACAUCGAACGUGGUUCGCGGUAGGCCCUCAGGUCCGAGCCGAGGUGCCCGACACUCCGUUUUCUAUACAAAACAUCACAUAAUCAAUUAUCAAUCACCCGUCAUAGAAAACGAAAUGCGGACCCCGGACCCGGACCAUCCUAGCGUGAGUGGGUUCCUUUUACCUUUUUGGUACGGAACCCUAAAUAUACCAUCCUUGUUUAUCGACAUCACAUCUGUUGCUACUUGCUAGCAGAACCAACAAAAUUUAGCUUAUCAUAUUUACCUACUUAUCUUUUUAUUACUAUUUAGUUUUGUUGAUAACACUUUUAUUAUAUAUUAGGGAAUGUAACAUAAUACUUCUGUUUGUUGCAACCGACUGUCGCGUCAAGACGUGAAGCAUAUAUAGUACUUCCUACUAGGUACAUAUUUUCUGAAACCUAAAGUAGGUAACAAUAUAAAAAAUAUAUAUAAAUAUAAUAGUUUUGAAUAAAAUGUCUACGAUGUUUAAGAAUAGUCUUUACGUAUAUGGAGAUGAAAAUAUUCAAGUACCAGCACAUUUGAAUUUCGGACAAUAUCUGUUCGAUCGGCUAAAAUCGUUUUGCAAAAGUAGCGAAGUAGUAAUGGAAAACCCUCUUUCCGGAGAGAAAAUAACAUACAAGGAGUUAAUUGAAUACGCAGUGAAUGUCGCAGUUUUUCUGAGAGACUUGGGAGUUGAAAAUGGACAAACCGUUGGUAUCGGCAGCGAGAAACGAAUACAAUUUAUUUCUACUGCCUUGGCCGUGGUGUUUACUGGAGCAGCUUAUACUCCUCUUGACUUAGAAACUGGGAAAGCGGUCCUAGAGCAUAAACUGAACUUAUCUAGGCCUAAGUAUUUCAUAUGUUCCCAAUUAUUUUGGGAAACAUAUCAGGACGUUUUAAAAGAAAGUGAUUUCAUUGAGCACUUCAUAUGUUUUGAUGAAAAUGUUGAUAUGGAAGUAUCGUUAAAGGCAGUGCCAAAAGUGGCAGACUUGGCCACUUUUGAACCUGCUGCAGUGCAGGGGCAAACAGAUACCGCCGUGAUCCUGUAUUCGUCCGGUACCACUGGCAUGGCAAAGGGAGUCCAACUGACGCAUUUAAACUUUAUUUUAAACUGCCAGCCACAUGGUUUUGAGGACGAGUCUUUGAAAACCAUGUUUAUAAUAGGAGAAUGGUUUCACGCUUACGACACAUUCCUGACUUACAUGUACAUGACGCUCGGGAGAAAAAUAGUGUUUGUGGACGACGUUACAUCUAAAAAUAUAAUGAAGGCUAUUCAGCAAUGUAAAGUUGAUCUCGCUAUGUUAGUGCCAUCACUCAUCGGGUACCUGGUUAAAACAGAACUAGCAGUAGAACAGUACGACCUGAGUUCAUUAAAAUUUAUAUUUAGUCGUGCAUCUCCUCUAGGUGGUCAAACAAUUGAUUUGCUCAAAAAAAGAUUGCCGACACUAAGAGAUGUAAUACAAGUAUAUGGCAUGACUGAGUCUGGCUGCUUUACGUCAGAGAGUUUCGGUGUUAUAGGACCUAAAAGUGGAAGUGUUGGUUUAGUUUACCCUGGAAUAACUUUGAAGGUAAUCGACCCAAAAACGGAUGUAACUCUCGGAGCCAACCAGCGCGGAGAAAUACGUUUGCGCGUUGGCCCUCUGUUUAUGAAAGGGUACAUUGGAAUGGACCGGGCAAUGUAUCUAGACGAGGAGGGUUUCUUUCCAACUGGAGACUUGGGAUACUACGAUGAAGACAAAUACUUUUACAUCGUCGGCAGGCUUAAGGAGAUUAUAUUCUACGAUGGAUAUAAGACGGCUCCAUCGGAGCUUGAGACUAUCCUGGAGCUACAUCCGGGAGUACACGAGGCGGGUGUCGUGGGUAAACCGGCGGGAGACAUCGGCGAGGACCCGGUGGCCUUCGUGGUCCGGCAGCCCGGCUCGAGCGUCUCUGAGCGGGAGCUCAUCGACUACAUAGCUACAGCGGUACCACCAUACAUGCAUCUGAGAGGCGGGGUAAUAUUUGUUCCGGAAAUACCCAGAAACCAGACGGGAAAAAUCAUACGUCGUCGCUUGAUGGAAAUGUUGAAAACUGGUCAAUAAAUUAAUAAAGCGUGUCGUGUCACCAAAAAAAUGCGAUAAUUUAAAUACCAAGCAAAC